GCAGUGCCUUUUCUUUUGUAUGGGUUUCCUGUGCCGCUCAAACACGCACGGGCACACACACGCACACACCUGUGAAUUCUUCGUUUGUGGAAGCUGACCCACGUUGCGUGAUUCUUCGAAGGCAAAGCGCAGAAACCGUCUCAUCAUAGUGCAAAGCAGCUGUUACCAACCGCGCGAGAGAUACGCGGUUCACCUCGCCCCUCUCUCAAAAUUAGUACGAUCUCGGCCGAAUGAACAGGGAGUUGACACUCGCACACCCGCACACACACACACACAGAAAGAAGGAGGAGACGUACAACUCUGGGCUCAAAUUCGGCCAAUAAAACACACAACAUUUUUCACAAGCACCGAAGGCUCUUCUCUUUUUCUUGUCGGUGGCUUCGUUUGUUUUGUUGCCGCAAAUUCUUGGAAAAACGACAAGCUUUGGGAACGGCGGAGACAGCUAAUUACACCACGAGGGCAGCUCGUCCGGAAACGUUGAAUAGUCUUGUCGCACCCUGCUCUUGUUUUUUCCCCCUUUUUUACGUGUUUGCUGUACAUUGAUAAAGAAACACCUCUCUCUCUCUCUUAUAAGAAUCUCCUUCUACGGUAUUUCUUUGUUUGCGUUUUCCUUAGCUCUUUUUGCCGUGUCGUAUUUGUUUUUUUUUCUUUGAAAAGCCUUCUUUCGCGGCGGUUGACGCGUUCGUCUAUAUUAACAACGCACCACGGGAACGCACGCCUCGGUGCGUUUUUCUCUGUUCUUCUCUUUUUCUUUUCUGUCCUCUUUCCUCUGUUGUAUAGCUGCCAAGCCGAUCUGGCUGUUUUGACGGCUGCGAUGAGCAAGACAAACCCAAGUCCUGCGGUGAUCCAAAAAAGCUUUGUUCAGCAGGUGCAAAGCAUCGCCGCCCACACUCGCGGCAUCAGUGAUGAACUCUCCAAGAUGUCCAACGAGCUGAGGGAUGGCGUUCAACUCAGCACCGAACCCACCGCGGAGCUGCUCGGCGCGGCGAAUCUGCUCAGCGCCGUCACCCUCCACGCCAGCGCAUCCUUGUCAGACUGUCUGAAGGACUUAGUGAGCAUGGGGGAGGCCAUGACACCGGUGCUAGAAACCAGCGUCGAGGCCGCUCCAGCGCUGCUGCUGAACUUCUUUAGCACCUUCGUCACUCAAAUGAACUCCUUUUACGCAGAAAUGAACGCGGGGUGGUCGACAGGCUUGCAGGGCUUUGUGCGGGGUAAGGCUGCCUUCUACCGCGAGUCCGCCCCCGCCACCCCGCGACCAGCCGUCUCACCGACUGCCGGCGUGGCACCGAAAGCGUCGACGAGUUCACUCGCCGUCUCCCCACCGCCGCCGCCACCGUUAACGCCAGAGACGGCGAACAACCACCUCAACGAUCUCACCGGGCCGACUACCCGCACCGGUCAGCACAAAAAGCAAAGCUUGUUGGGCGACGGUGGCGUUCGACGCGAGGACGGGGGAGGCGACGCAGCUGGGUCAAAGAAGAAGCCCGGCAAGAAAAAGGCCGCCGCUGCCGCCGCCGCACUCGUCCCUUCAAUAGCGGUGGUGUCAAACAGCGGCUCCCCGCUGCAGGAAAACGCGGAGUCUUCGGUGUCCGCCGGGCAGUCGGGGAGCGACCCCUACAGCGUCUCCAGCCGGUAUAGCACAGAAGACACGAUGGCGGCGCUGGCGGCGGCGGCCGAGUCCGGCGCACAAACCGCCGCGCCAAAGCGAACGCAGAGGAAUACGCCGAGUCCGGCGACGACGCCAGCGGAUACGGCGCCGCAGCUGACGGCAGAGGAGCUCGACGCCUUAGCGCAGUCCGAGCCGCCGUAUCUCACGGUGACAUCCACCGUGGAGGCGGCUCUCGGCUCCGUCGUGCUUGGCUCCCGCCCCAACGUUUUUAGUCAAAUCGCGUCCUUCUCCUUUGACGAGCCGGUGUCGACCUACUACAUCCGACUUGCCCGCCCCGGCAGCCUUGCUCACUUCAUCUUCAAGUGCUACUUGCGCGCGGAUGAGGAGACGCAGGCGGACUUUCUGUGCGACGUGCUCGAGACGGACUGCGCGGAGGUCGACCCGUUCACCUCGCCGAACGGGGAGGUGAACGGAUCGAGUGCGGCAAAUUUGUCCGACCUGCCGCCCUGCGCGUGGAGCAUCGGCAGCAGCGAGGACAACGAGCGACGGCUCUACACGAUGUACGCCCUCAUGCGUCAGCCGCCGCGGCUCGGCCCCACCGCCAUCAUCCACGACUCUCUCAACAUGGACGGGGUGCGGGAUGAGGUGGUGCACAUGAUUACCCUCGUCGACACUGUACCGCAGUACGCGAAGGUGACGUGCGUCGUGCACUCCGACGUGCGCAGCAUCGAGGUUCCCACGCAGAAGCAGGCCGCCAUCCUCAGCUUCUCGCGCAGCGGCUUUGCGCAGCAGGGCUUUCCAGAGGUGUCCGAGGCGGAGGUGAAGGCAGCGCUGUCACGCGUGAAGCCGUCCCGUGCGCCCGCCGUGGAGCUUUACAAAGGGCGUGACCGCACCAUCUCGACCACCUUUCAGCCGCCGGUGCAGCUCGCUUCGCUGGACCAGCCGGCGGAGAACAGCGGGAUUUCGUUUGGUGGUGUGGCCCGCGGGGCCAUGCAGGGCGGCAUGGAGGUGUUGAUGGCGCCCUUCACGGCUGGUCGUGCUGUGGGCGGCGCGUUGAUGGACCUCACGGGCGUGACCGAGGCGGUGCGCAACAACAUCGAGGGCCUCUUUCGCAGGUCGUUUCCCGAGCUGGCGGCCGAGACGGUGGUGGAGGGCUACAACUGUGCCUGGAUGAAGACGUCGAUGCCGACGCCCGGCUACGUCUUCAUCACCACGCACUGGCUGUGCUUCCAGAGCACCGUCUCCGCUGCCAAGUUCUCGAUCGAGUACGAUGAAAUCAAAGAUGUUGUGAAGUCCAAGUCGGUCAAAAUGUUCGAAAACGCACUAGAGAUCAAGACGCACUUGAAUGAGACGAUUUCCCUGACCAGCUUUUUGCAGCGGGAUCAGGCGUACAACGCGCUCAUGAAGGAGUGGCUGAAGUCGUAA